AAGGCUGAAAUUGUUACCGGGGUGAUGUAAGGCCCCCGCGGCGGCGGGGACGCGGGAGUGGGCACAUGGGGGUGCGGGGGUGCGGGUGCCAAGCGCCAUGGGUUAGGCCCGAGAUUGGAGUCCGGCCGCCCCCCGCUGCUCCCCGCGCGCCCCGCGCGCCACCAUGUCGGGCGACAAACUCCUGAGCGAACUCGGCUAUAAGCUGGGCCGCACCAUAGGAGAGGGCAGCUACUCCAAGGUGAAGGUGGCCACGUCCAAGAAGUACAAGGGCACGGUGGCCAUCAAGGUGGUGGACCGCCGGCGAGCGCCGCCGGACUUCGUCAACAAGUUCCUGCCGCGCGAGCUGUCCAUCCUGCGGGGCGUGCGGCACCCGCACAUCGUGCACGUCUUCGAGUUCAUCGAGGUGUGCAACGGGAAGCUGUACAUCGUGAUGGAGGCGGCCGCCACCGACCUGCUGCAGGCCGUGCAGCGCAACGGGCGCAUCCCCGGCUCGCAGGCGCGCGACCUCUUCGCGCAGAUCGCGGGCGCCGUGCGCUACCUGCACGACCACCACCUGGUGCACCGCGACCUCAAGUGCGAGAACGUGCUGCUGAGCCCGGACGAGCGCCGGGUCAAGCUCACGGACUUCGGCUUCGGCCGCCAGGCGCACGGCUACCCGGACCUCAGCACCACCUACUGCGGCUCGGCCGCCUACGCGUCCCCCGAGGUGCUGCUGGGCAUCCCCUACGACCCCAAGAAGUACGACGUGUGGAGCCUGGGCGUGGUGCUCUACGUCAUGGUCACGGGCUGCAUGCCCUUCGACGACUCGGACAUCGCCGGCCUGCCCCGGCGCCAGAAGCGCGGCGUGCUGUACCCCGACGGGCUCGAGCUGUCCGAGCGCUGCAAGGCCCUCAUCGCCGAGCUGCUGCAGUUCAGCCCCUCGGCCAGGCCCUCGGCCGGCCAGGUGGCGCGCAACGGCUGGCUGCGGUCGGGGGACUCCGGCUAGGGCAGGGGGCCCGCCCUGCCCGCCUCCCGGGUCGCGGCCGGCACGGCGCACGCGCAAGGGACGCCGCCGCGCUUCCGGGUUCCUGCCGCGCCGCCGCGCGCCACGGCGCACGCGCCCUGCCCCGGUCCCCCCCUCCCACGGCGGAGGCCGCAGCUGCCCCGCCUCCGAGGCUAGCUCCUCCCCCUCCUCCACCACGCCGAGAGCUGGAGAGCGCACGCGCGCCUUCGAUUCCCCGCCCCCAGGCCCCGGGAGGGGCGGGGCGAGAACGAGAUGGACGGCCUGCGCCUGCGCCUGCGCGGAACGAGCGACGGCUCCCCGGCCCGCGGCGUCCGGGAGGAGCUGCUGGGGGGGCGGCCGCGCGCCGACGGCGUCGCUCCCCAGGCGGCCGCGGAUGCCCGGUUUCCCGUCGAGACCCGCAAUAAACUUCGCUCUACCUCGCACCUGUUUCACGGAGCGCAGCGGGGAAAGGGGAGGCUGGCCCCGUUUGGAGAGAAACGCGUGUCCGGCUCCCGGCCGGGGGCCGGGGGCGAGCAAGCCCUGCUCGGCGAGGGCCCCCUGACCCCGAGGUCCCCCGGGGGGAGUAAGGGGCCGGCUCCUUGAACACCUGCUGUGUGACCAGGCCUGGACCCUGCCCUUGUCCGCGAGGCCAGUGGAAGGUCAAAGACGUGGAGGUCAAGUAGCUUCGAGCUGUAGCGAUGCCAGGCGGGGGCGGGGGUCUACCCAGAGGGACCCCACAGGGUGGGUUCGCAGCCGCUGACUGCCCCUUUCCCUAAACCCACCUGUGUGCGGUCCCAACCGUGCCCAGCCCUGCUCACUCUGCAGCCCCGGGGACCGAGCGCCCCCCGCUCUCCCCUCUGCUAACGGCUGUGGCCCUGGUCCUGGCUGGACUUCCCUCACAGGGAGGGCGGGUGUUGGGAGGGGACGUGAAGGCUCCGAAUUAAACCGCGUCCUCACCCCCCACCCUGCGGGCCUGGAGUCUGUCCGUCCCCACCUCGGGGCCUCUUCACCCAUCUGUCCCCGCUCCACGCCCAGCUGUGUGGCUGGGGCCCUCUGCCCACCGGCGCUGGCUGAUGGAUGGGAGUGCAGAGCUCGGUAGCCAGGGGCCCGGGUCAGAAGGGACAAGGAGAAGCCGGUGAGCCCGGCAGGUGCAGCGGGACAGCCUUGGGGUUUAACUUCUGCCUUAGCCUGGGCUUCGCGAGCCCCAGAGGCCAAGCCCGGCACAUCCUUAACACCGACGACAAGCGGUCAGCAGGGACUGCGGGAGCCCACAGUGCAGCAGGUGCCUCCUGCAGCCCGGGGCUGGGGGCGGAGAGAGAGGGGGGGGAGAGGAGCAGUCACACCGUGUCCCUCCCUUUAUUGUCCUUUAGAGUCCGAAGCUCAGCAUACAAUGGACGCCAGCCACCCACGCGGCCUCUCUGGUGAGGGGAACGUUAAUAGUGAAGAUUCAGUCACAAAGAAUGCGGGUGACAACCUUCCCCAGACAGCCCGCCCUGGUCUAACUUAUUUCGCGGUGCGCGAUGGUCCUGGGAUGCCCCCUGGGGCCUGCCCCUGCUGGCCAGGUUCUGGGACGUUUUUUGGUUACGAUGGGAUUGGGGGGUGGGUGCUCCCAGGUUCCGGGGAGCGCGGGAUCUGGACCCCAGCAGCGCUCGCUCACCCACACCCCGCCGCGGGGCCUCUUUCUUGGGCUCAGAGAACGUCACCCCGCCCCGCAGAGGGGGAACCCAAGCCAGUAACAGGUGCAGGACGGCCAAGGCCGGAAAUGAAGCAAUGACCGGGCAGCUCCCCCAGCUCAGUUCGUUUACGUCACAGCGUGCCAUCCCUGACCCGGCCGCUCCCUGGGACGCAGAGGCGGGGCUUUGCCCGUCCCACCCUGCCGGGCCACAGACAAGGCUUGGAGGAACGGCCGGCCACGCUCAGUGAGGCUGGGAGCAGCGGGGCGUCGGCUCCGCACCCUGGGGCUCCCCGCUCCCGACUCGCUGCACAGAGCUCGGGACAGGGACCCGGCUCCCAGCCCUGCAGCAGGUGCUCCCCCGGCAGAGGCCUGGCGCCCCGACACGUGAGGACAGGCACGCGUGCACACUCUGCUGGUGUAAAAGCGCCCACCCCCACCCGCGGGCCCACCCCCCUCCAGAUCCGCGGCUCCUGGAGUGGAAGCCGCCCACCAAGGGGACGCCCGUGAACCCACACGACAGGCGCCAGGGGUUAAAUGAGCCUUUAUUAGAAUGUUGUAGCAGGUGUUGGAAGAAGGCGGCCCUACAAAAUGAGGGUUUUAAAUUAAAGUCCCUAACUGCGUCCUUAGGGAAACCGGGGCUGGAACUGACCAGGGACCACGGCCCCGCCCUCCAGUGCCGAGGGGCCCCGCCCGCGGCGCACAGACGGCGGCGUCCGCCUCUCCUUUCGGAACUGAUUUGUAGCGAGUCGGAGGAAGGAACAGAAAGAAAAAUAAAACUAAAAGCAGACCUGAUCCUUAAAAAAAAAAAAAAAAAAAAAAAACGAAAACAGAAAA